GAAAUGGGUUUAUCUACUACAACCCAUCCAUGGCGUUUAAUGGGAUUGCGUACUUUAUGCGCCUACCCGUGAUGGUCUUUAAACUAGAAAAUCUGCCUUCGACUUUGUAAAAAUAUUAAAGCCUUCCCUCACCCAAAGGGCAGCUCUUCAACAAAACAGUACAAAUCGCAUUUAAUGCCGCCAUUAAUGCCUUCUCUUCAAUUUUUUCUUCAUUCUUUGGUUUCUAUCUACAACACCAAUUAAUUCAUGAUUGUUGAAAAGUCUGUGUCAUCCCUCAUCAAUGUUAUUUUUUAAAAUUUUAAUUACAUUUAAAUGUUUGAUUGUGACCUUUUUAUGUAUAUAUUAAAAAUCUCUCAUAAAAUCACAUUCAUAGUAUAAGUCCAAACCUUUUUAAUGAUAAUCAGUUGAACCAUAAUUUCCUUGAAGUAGACUGUUAUUUACGCUAUUUAAAACUUCAUUUGCUUUCGUUUUUCCUUAGCUUCUGUUUUUAAUUUUUUUAAUUUUUGGGUUCAUCUUUCUCUCUUUUGUUCUUGGGUUGAAGAAAAAUGACAGCACAAGUGAGCAGUUCAUUGGUAAGGGUAUUGAGUGGUCACAUGGAGGAGCAGCAUGCUGGGAAUUCUGAUAUCUUGAUUACAAAAGAUUUGCUAGGAAAUUUGUCAAAUGCUAAACCAACAACACCCAAAGCUAUAGAUCUUGAAUUUAAGGGUGGGAGAGUAGAGGCACAAAAGUGCAGCUCAUCAUCAUCAUCAUCACCAUCAGCAUCGGCAUCAUCACCAAAGUCACCAUUAUCAGCAAAAGGAUCGGCUUCUCCAGAUGGGAAAUCAUUCAAGACUCCAUUGUCGAAUUUCCUACAAGAUUCCAAGCUCCAAGACUUGAACUUCCCACCAAUCAACCUGUUUGAUGAAAUGACAACAACUUCCCUCGAUUUAAAGCUCCAAUCUUGUUCAACUCCAAGCCCUUACCAAAGUGUUUGUACCCUCGACAAGGUUAAACACGCCCUGGAAAGAGCAGAAAAAGGAGGAAACAUGAAGAAACGUUCAUCGUCACCACCACCGCCACCGUCAUCGCCGCCUGCAACGUCGUCUUCAUCAACACCAAGAAUGUUUGCAGCUGCAUGCCCUGGUUGCUUAUUAUAUGUCAUAGCUUCGAAUACAAAUCCCAGGUGCCCUCGCUGCAAUUCUUUUGUUCCAUCUUCCCUGCCUAUGAAGAAGCCUAGGAUUGACCUCAAUGCAUCAUUUUAAUCCUUUUUUCUCUUUCUCCUGUGAACACUGAUUGGAGAUUUAAAAAAAAAAAUGUUGUACAACUCUUCAGCCCUGCAAAUAUUCUUGAUUCAUGUAAAUUGAAAAAGAAAAAAAAAACAAUAGGUUCAGAAUUCAGAUAUGGGGUUUACUUUAAUUUAGUGUAGGGGGGAAUCCAACGAUGAUAUUAAUAGAUGUUUUGUCAGUUAAAUUUCAUAUGUAGUUUGGAAGACAGAGAAAAUUUCAAUCUGAUGUUCGUAUUAUAUAUGUAUAUAUUUAUUUAUUUUUACAAA